GCAGUGAACUCUACUGAGCCAAUCCCAAGACAUUUUAGAGCAUCUUGGCUUUGCCAGUGCGACUGCUCUGAAAACUUCUCAUACGAUGGCAGACAUAGACAUAGACUGGGACCUCAUCUCAUCUUAUGCUGGUCUACUAACUCUGGCUAGUGGCUCAAUCUUUGCAGGGGCGUUUGGUUCGCUUCCGAAAUCCAUAACAAAGAAAGCGGGAGCGAGUAAAAAUAUCGUAGAGGAUGAUGAUGACGGCGACGACGAUAUACCAGAGCGCUUGUCAACUGAGGACGCGUGGCUGUUCCCCGUGGUGGGCUCAGUAGCGCUUUUUGGACUGUAUGUCAUCAUCAAGUACCUUGGUGCAGAAUGGAUAAACUGGUUCCUGAAGUGGUACUUCUCCCUAGCUGGCAUAGGAAGUGUAUGGAAGACAGCCAUAUCCUUCACAAGGCUGGUCGUAGGGCAUGAUCGCUGGAAGAAGUACCAGCGUUAUCGCCUGCUGGUGCUGGAGGGCCCGAAAGAAUUGACUUCCCUUUCGUUCAGGACCCCGUCACUCUUCCUGUUUCCGCUUGGUGUCCUGCCAUCCUUGCUCUAUAGCCAAACAACCGCGGGCCGAAGCUCGGCACUGCUAACGGACAUCCUAGGAGUUUCCUUCAGUCAUAACGCGCUUUCGUUAUUAAAGAUCGAUUCAUUCAAGACCGGGACUAUUCUACUCGCCGGCCUCUUCUUUUACGACAUCUACUGGGUGUUUGGAACGGAAGUGAUGGUGAAAGUCGCAACAUCCCUCGAUGUCCCUAUCAAGCUACUAUGGCCCAAAUCUUCCAACUUUUCCACGACACGCGGAUUCACCAUGCUUGGCUUAGGCGAUAUUGUCAUUCCUGGCAUCUUCGUUGCACUCGCACUUCGAUAUGAUCAUGCGCGUGCGCAGCGUUCUUCAAAAGGAUGUGCUUCGUACAGCAAGCCGUAUUUCAUCGCGACGCUUCUUGCAUACGUUGCUGGUCUGGUCGCCACGAUGACAGUCAUGCAUUGCUUCAAGACGGCUCAACCUGCGUUGCUUUACCUGAGCCCCGCGUGCAUACUUUCAUUCGUCAUUACGGGUUUAGCGCGUGGAGAGCUGUCGGAGGCCUGGAACUGGGUGGACGUUCCUGGGAUAGAUGAGGAUCUGAAGCUCCAAGGGGAACGUAGCAUCGUAAGCGUUGAAGGGGUGUCAGGGGAUCUGACGGAGCCCGCCGGUGGGAUGUUUGACGACGUUCAUACUUCGAGUGGCAUACGGAGUGUGGCCACCGAUGACGAUGUUGAUGCCAAAUUAAAGAAGAGGAAGGGCACGAAAAAGGCACCCUAGCAUCAGUGCUGAUCAAUGCUGUAUUGCUGCAAUGGUGAAGAAGCGGAACAACAUUUCACCAACGGUAACAUCGUCAUAUACCAGAUACUAUGUGGACUACCCUUCUAAAGCUGAUAAAAGUCGAGCGACCGAUUCAUGGUUCGUUCAAAAGU